CUUCUCCAUAUGCUUCCUCCAGUCUGAUCUCCUGAUUACUCUCCACCAUGGCCAAGACUAAAGUAAAGGGCAAGAAAGACUCCGCCGGAGGUGCGCACAGCCACAUCCGUGCACGAAUCAAUUAUCUCUACAAUGCUGCCACCUUCUUGCAAUCAGUAGCGACACCUCCUGCGCAACAGCAAAUCGACAAGACGGGCCAAAAGGAGAACGACACCGUGAUGCAAGCAUCAGCGCGUAUAGUGCCCCAGUUGGCAAAUUCCGAAACAGUGUUGGAGAAGGCACCCGCUGGCCCGAGCACUCAAGCGACCACCGAGCACUUGCCUCAACUUUCUCGGGUCUAUAUGUCGCAAAUGCGUGGCGUCUCUCUGAAAACGCAGCUUCGACUACCCGUUGAUGUGAAAAGGUCGUUCUGCAAACGCUGCGAUACGCGCCUUAUUCCUGGUGUGACUUGUAUGCAGGAGAUCCGAAACGCUAGCCGUGGCCGCAAAAAGCCGUGGGCCGACGUUUUGGUGGUCUGUUGCUCUACAUGUGGAACAGAGAAGCGCUUUCCCCAAGCAGAGAAGCGAAGCAGAAAGUUGUCUGAACGUCGGAAAGACAUAUCGCAGCAUCCGAGAGAAGAGCCAACUGUGGGCGCUUGAUUACCUAGCAUAGAACGCCCAUGAUUUUACGUUACAUUUUCUCCGCGUCGCCUCCGAGGGGCCCAUUUCUAAAACCGCAGUCUGCGGCAUGGCUCACCUUUGAAGUCGAGCAUUCAGAACGGGCAUCGACCCUAAUACAGCCAAGCAAGAAAUCAUCGAAGUGGAUCUGAUGCCAGAGGCUUCUACUCGGAGACUGAAGAA